AUGGCCCCCAGUUCGCGCGCCAGUGCGCCUCCUUCCAAAGAUAUAGACAAGGACGGGUCUGCUGAGCUCUCCGACGCCGCGCUUCGAAAGAAGAAGAAUGCCGACGCUCAAGCGGCCUUCCGUGCUCGGAGGGCCAACUACAUAUCAACGCUGGAGGAGACCGUCACCAACCUUGAACAAGUCGUUCUGCAACUACAGGAGUCCGUUCGCGACCACGAAGGCUCGCAAGCACGUCUACAACAAGAAAACGAAUCUCUGAAGCAAGAGAUUGUGAACGUGAAACAAUAUUGCAUUGAACGCGACGGUUUCUGGCGUUCUACUUGCGUGCAGAAGGGAAUCAUAGACGGUCUUCCUCCGCCGCCUGCUUUUGGGGGCUCGUACUCGUCUCCUUACGCUUCAUCUGUCGGACACCAGCACCAUGCCGUGUCUACCAAUACAUCGUACUCCGACAGUCAGGGAACUAUGUCUUAUCCCGUUUCGCCUUCAAUAACACAACCUCCGGCGUAUUCGAGCAUGGGCAGCAUGGGCGACCAACCACUCCGUCCUUCAUCUGCUCCUUACACACAGGCCCUCGAUUCUGAGCAUGGCGCAUCUCAAAGACCGCUUCUUCCGAAAUAUGACAGCUACUCGUCCUACUCUGUUUCCAGUGCCGCUCGCGGAGCAGAUUGGCCACAACAGGUUGCGCAGUCUUCGUCUUCCGGCGCGGAUUCUUCUGGUGGUCAUGGUUCUGCCAACUCUCCAAACUUCGUCGAAUCACCCAUCAACACUCCUGACACGCAUUAUGGUCAGCGUUACACUGCGGACGACCAAAAAUCCUCUCCGCUCAUCGCUGGCGGCGGCGGCGGGCAAUAUAUGUACCCAGUCGCACGCUCACCGUCGACCGCCCCAUCGUCAUCUUCGUCCACGCACACCGCGGCACCGUACUUCACACUACCACCGGAACACUCGAGCGUGGUGCCCGACGACCUCCGCCGGCAUUCCAUCGGUCAUGGGGGAGAGGUGACACUCCACGGGGGGAUCGCCAACAUCUCUGUUCCUGGGCAGGGCAACGACGGAGUGCGCUAUAGGCUCACACCGUCUCGCCGAGAGUCCGCGCCGACGGACAGAGGCAUGUUUCCCGCGCUCCCUCAUUUUUCGCAGAAUGAGGCACUGGCCGGAGCAUCAGGCGCAGGGUCUAGCGGCGACGUCGGCGCGGGAUACGCGCCCGGGCGACUGCGCGCUGACCGUGGCGCCCAACGGUCGUCUCGCUCGCCGUCACCGGGCCCGUCGCCAAUAUCGGGUACCCUCGCCGUCAUCAAAGCACAGGCCUUUGGUGCUCUGAGACGGACCCGUGGCCGUAAGAAGGGCGACGAUGCAGCUAGGAUGGCCAAAGAGGCGUUGGAAGCGCGUGGUAUAUCGCUAGGCGUAUCAACAGCUGGCGGCACAAAGCGGCAACGCACCCGUUACGAAGAAGACGAUUCCUCAUGA